AUGAGCGGUUACGGCAGCCUGCCGGGCGGCGGCGCCGACUCGGACGCGCUGUCGCGGCGGCUGCGCGACGCGGAGCGUGCGCGCGCCGACGCGGAGCGCGCGCACGCCGACGCGCUCUCCCAGCUGCGGUCGGCGCAGCGAUCGCCGCUAGACGCUCACAAUGUGGAGCAGCUGCAGUCUAGGGUGCGAGAGCUCGAGAAAAAGGCCGCAUUAGAGACGGUGCGAUGCGAGGAGUUGCAACUGGAACUGUCAUCGGCAUUGCGUGCACGAGGCGCGUCCACUUCGGCGACCUGGUCCUCGCAAGCGGGGCAGCCCGCCUCCGAAAUCGAGCGUAUCAUGGCUAAAAUCGAACAGGACAAUAGGAUUCUUGCCGAGCUAGAGCACACGAGGUCCACAACACAUGGAAUGCAAUCAAGUGGAUCGAACCAGGCUUUAGGAGAGUUUCAUUCGCCGACACCAUCGCCGCUGCCCCAUUCGUACACCAGUGCGACGGGCCACAUGGCCAUUUGCCAGAGCAACACGAUGCCAACGCUGUCGUCGUUGCACGCCGCCGGGCAGUUCACAGCACCGAGCUCUAACUCUGUCGCCUAUUCCAUGAGCGCACACAAUCCCACUUCCUACUCCAACCCUAUACCUUCUUACUCGUCUAAUACGUACGGCUUGUCCAAUACUCAUCAGGUCACAUUUACGAAUCCCGUCACCGCGCCACUUGUGAACAGCAUCAGCCAAAUUUCCAGCACUCUGGCCGGUCUGCAGAGUAACCUUCAGAAUAUCACUGGCAAUGUUUCGGCGAUGAGUUUAGGAUCGACCCUUACUGGACCAACGUUGACGGGAACAAUGGCCGGCUCUGGGUUACCGAGCUGCUUGAAUACUGUGCAGACGACGUUACCAGGAGCCAUAACUCACACGCUGGGCUUACAGUCGUCCCUUACUGGAGGAUUAGGAAAUGUUACAAAUUUGGGUACGGGCACCCAACUUGGCGGAUUAAAUACAAAUCUAACUGGCACCGGCGCUUAUGGUACGGGCACUGGCACCUACACGAACCCUCUACUUAGUGGAGGCUUAUCUGGAAACACAAUGAAUAUCAAGCUGAAACCCUUGGACGAGAUUGAUCUUGGCUUAGGUAGAUACGGGACUAAUAACUCGAAUAUAGUUAGAGUAGCGACUCCUGUUACACCGCAUCAAACUUCUUGGAAUCUUGGACUUGAUAGCCAGUUUGGAACUGAUAGGCUCGGUGGCAUAGACUCUGGGUUUAGCCACGACCGAAACCAAAGAGGAUUAUCAAGAAUGAUGCCCAAUUCCGGUCUGGACAUGGACGCAGUACGCAAUACCCAUUUUAUGAAUGGAGGAGGGACAUCGGAGUUACAAGUUGACAUGUUAGAUAUUCCAGGGAAAGGCCGUUGCUGCGUAUACGUUGCUCGAUUCGCAUAUGAUCCACCUGAUAUUGAAAGCGCAGAAGGUGAAUUGUCGCUUAACCCUGGCGAUUACUUAAUCGUAUGGGGUCCACCGGAUCCAAAUGCUUCCGUGCUUGAAGCUGAAAUGCUUGAUGGACGACGUGGGUUUGUGCCGGCCAACUUUGUCCUAAGAUUAGUCGGAGAUGAUCUAUUAGAGUUUCAUCAGGCCGUGGUGGCGACAUUGCGGGAUGCGGACGAGACUGCAACUACAGCGAUAAGUGAUCUGUCUCUUAGUCGGGAUGUUGCACGCCUCAGCGAAAUGGCAGACAUAAGUGAGGGUCCAGAAGACGAUGACAAUGUUCCUGCUCCACGGCAGCUCACGCUCGAGAGGCAGCUCAACAAGUCAGUGCUGAUUGGUUGGACGGCGCCCGAGGGAGUUCAGCAGGCCAACAUCGAAAGCUAUCACGUCUACGUCGACGGUGUCCUGAAGACUACAGUUAAAGCCUCAGAGCGAACUCGGGCAUUAGUCGAGGGCGUAGAUGCAAAUCGACCCCAUCGAAUAAGCGUGCGCUCGGUGACUGCGACGCGUCGCACGUCCCGCGACGCGGCUUGCACUAUGGUGAUCGGUAGAGAUACCGGCAACAUGGGUCCUACUUGCGUCAGAGCCAGUGGUGUUACCUGCUCCCAAGCUGUGAUAUCAUGGUUGCCAGCAAAUUCCAACCAUCAACACGUUGUCUGUGUUAAUAACGUUGAAGUGCGAACAGUAAAGCCUGGCGUGUAUCGCCAUAUUAUCACAGGUCUCUCACCAAGCACACAGUAUCGGGUCACGGUUAGAGCCAAGCAUUUGAGGGCUGGCCCACCGGGUAUACCGAUAGAAGAAGCUCCAGGAGCAUAUACAGACUUUCGAACUCUGCCGAAAGGCCUGCCGGAUCCUCCAAAUGAGAUCAUGGUGGAAGCGGGGCCCCAGGACGGCACACUACUUGUGACAUGGCAGCCCGUACUUCGCCCUCCGGCUUCCGGCCCCGUCACCGGAUACGCGGUAUACGCCGAUGGGAAGAAGGUCACCGACGUUGACUCGCCGACCGGUGACCAUGCUCUCAUCGACAUUGGCAAACUCAUUGGCCUCAAUCCAAAGUGUGUCACUGUGCGUACAAAAUCUCGUGACAGCCAGUCCAGUGAUAGUGCACCCACACCAAUUCCUCCGGCGGUGCUGCGAGGAGUUGCGUCGAGAGUACCACGAGGAGCUCCGAUGCUCAAUCAACCCACGCCCAGUUAUCGUGGUCAGCAAAGACCUCAACCGUAUCAGCAACAGCAGCAAGUCAUUGAGCACGACGAAAAUCUCUCUGACAAGGAAAUAUUUCCAAGUACCAAUCGUCAUGACCAACACGCAGCUCAGCAAACGGGUGGAUUCGGCACAGGUCUCCUAAAGAGUAUAUUCGACAAAAUAACCCCUUCGCAAUCGGGGAUACCGGCCAUCGAAAUCACUAAAGAGGGUGCCACGGAGCAGUGUUGCGAGGAGGAGGAGGCGACGCGACGCCGCCCGCAGCAACCGGCCCAACCGACCCAAACGUCGCAGCAGCCUUCCGGUCCGCAGUACCCGAGUACACCAGCCUACCAUGGCACGCAGCAACCCCCUUAUCAACCGGCCGGCCAAUUCCCAAGUAGCCAGCCGAACCAAUAUCCCGGCCAACAGCAGCAGUACCAGAACCCACCCCCGAGAAAUCACCACGAACGGGGCCGCCCUCCUAACCCCCAUCAGGUGGGUCAGCAGGGCGGUUCACAAUAUGGGCCUCGUGGUGGGCCCCCGCCUGGCCCCCGGGGGCCAAUUGCGGGCCCCCGUCAAGGUGCGCAAGGCCACCCACAAUCCAAGAGGAGUCGCUACUUCAUUGCUUUGUUUGAUUACGAUCCAGCAACUAUGAGCCCUAACCCCGAGAGCUGUGACGAGGAACUACCGUUCAGUGAAGGAGACACAAUUAAGGUUUGGGGCGAUAAAGACGCGGACGGUUUCUACUGGGGCGAGUGCAGGGGUCGUCGGGGCUACGUGCCGCACAACAUGGUCGUCGAGGUGUCGGAGCAAGAGGCCACGGGGCAGGUGGCCAAGCCUCGGGACCGCUGGACCGACGCGUACGCCAACCAGCCAGUGCGGCGGAUGGUCGCCCUGUACGACUACGAUCCGCAGGAGCUCAGUCCGAAUGUCGACGCGGAUGCGGAGCUUAGCUUCCAAACGGGUCAGAUAAUCCACGUGUACGGCGAGAUGGACGACGACGGGUUCUAUAUGGCGGAGAUCGACGGUGUUCGGGGGCUGGUCCCGAGCAACUUCCUCACCGAAGCCAAUGAUCAGUACGGUCCUCCGGGGCACUCCAGCCAAGGAGCCCCUGGGGCACCUGGUAUGGCAAGCGGUAGGGGAAUGGGACCAGCUCCGGCGCCUUCCGUGCCGGGCGCUGGGAGAGGGAGGGGCGCGGCCCCUGGGCCUGGUGCCCGGGGACCCCCGCCACCGCCACGCGACAAUGUCGCCCCAUCAAACCGCACCCAACACCGCAAGACAGAUGCCUGCCCUCUUCCCCCUUCUCAGUUAGACCACAACACAUGCGCCAGUAAUCCAGAACAGGCGAAUUCUCAGAACAGACCUUAUGAAACCUCGAAACACGGUCCUAUACACUCAGCCGCCGUGAGCCAAUUCGGGCGGAAUAGUUGCCGUGGCCGUUCGAGAGAUCGACCAUUUCUGCGGCCUGACGUACUGGCCACGGCUGAGCGGGAACUCACGGUGCGCGCGCUGCAGGAAGGCUUGCAACAGGCGAGGGGGAGAGGCGCGGGGAGCGCGCCGGCGGCGAGCACGAUCGCGCGCACGAGCGCUGGUAACACCGCCAGCCCGACGGUGCAGUCGCCGGGGACCCCCGCCGCCCCCGCCCCCGCGCCGCAGCCGUCGCCCGCCCGCCGUCCCGGCCCCGCCGUCGUGCCCGCCCCCCAGACCCCCGCGCAGCCGCCCACCUCGCAGGCGAACCUCAUGCAGAAGUUCACGGAGAUGACCGCGCCCGGCGGCGACAUCCUCAGCAAGGGCAAGGAGCUGAUCUUCAUGAAGUUCGGCCUCGGCGGUAAA